AUGGCCGUCCAACGCGACGACCGAAUCGAGAUUCCCGCCGAGGGCUGGGGAAAACCCAUCACAAUCAUCUGGACGGAGACCUUCUCCAAACAACAAGGAGAGUACUACAAAGUUCCAUUCACAAACAACAACGAGGACCGCGAACAGGGAAUGCCGCUGUUCAUCCAGAAAGAUCAAGCCGACAAGUUCAAGUCCCGAGCAGAGAAUGGGAGGAUAUUGUUGACGGUCGGCGAUGCAGUCUCGAAUGGACAGAACAGCGAGGGACAGAAUCGUUGGCUGGUGUAUCAUGAUAAGAGUAGGGAUAUUUUCCAGCACCGCUUCGUUCAGCAUGUCUUCCAAGCAUGGCUCGAGGCUGCCGAGAAAUUCAAGCCGUUCGGCCGGUUUGGGAACCAGGACCCGCCCUCCUCUCCCUUGAAAGCACGCUGGAGCGGUAUUUUGGCGGGCUGGCUGGAGAUAGAUUGA